CUCUCCAAUCUGCAUAACAAAAAAAUUGCUUCUAGAGUUCAAGAGUCCCUUCAAAAUGGAAGAUGAGGUUAAUAAGCAGAGUAAACAACAUAAUAAAUCCAGCUAUGCAGGCCAUGCAAUCUCAAACAACCGCACUUCAUUCGCUGUUGGGUUACAGAUCCUUACACAGAUUUCACAUGGUGAAUCCAAUAUCCUUGUCAAAUCCUCAUUGAAAUUAACCCAACCCACCUCUCAAUUCCCACUAAUUCAUCUUCAUACCAAAUCUCUUGAAUCUAGCUUUCUAAAAAUGUGUUACCUAUGUGACAAGAAACUAAGCCUUGAUAAAGAUGUGUACAUGUACAGGGGUGACCAAGACUUCUGUAGCAUAGAGUGCCGGAACAGACAAAUUGUAUUGGAUGAAAUGAGAGAAUUAGAAACUUCUACGAAGAACAUGGUGGCAUCUUAUAGAGAUUGUUGCAAUAGUGACAGACGUGAGACUCAAAUCCUCCUAGAGGAAAUAAGUCAGAGACAUGAGCCUAGGCCAAUCCGAUAUCAAAUAAAUUGGGCGAUAGUCUCAUAGCUAGAAUCAUAUAUUGUGCAUUUGCAAGUGAAGAUGAUGUAGAGUGGGAAGGGGAAAGUGAAAGAGUUGGAAUUUCUUGUUAUAUAUCGUAAGCAGAUGAAAUUUCUGCUGUAGUACUAUUUUUUCCAUAUUCAAGAGUAUAAUAAAAC